CUUACAUGGUAGUAUGAAGGUACCAUAAAAAUUGCAAGCCUCAAGCUAUCAUUUAGGAUCUACGUUGAUCAUUCAAUGAGUCACGUUCGAUUAUAUUAUUAUCUUAUGGCCAUCCCGCCUCCUUGCGUAGCCCGUGAGACUCACUACGUCUUGUGAUCACAAAUUAAAAUAUACUUAUUAUAUUACACUUGUCACUUACUAUAUUUUAAUUUGUAUUUGUGAUUAUGAGAACAAUAUUUUUCAGGCAGGCAAUUCACCUGCGGUAGAUUGCAGACCCCUCAAGGGGCAUACGUAAUUACGAAGGUAUUGUUUAUGAUGUGCAUGUGUAGGUUUCCUGGACAAGUGGACAACGGUCGAAAAAUUUGUCUUGGGAAUACCAUUUUUACUAAGGUUAUAGCCUUGACCAAAUAUAAUAUAGGACAGCUGGAUUCCAGUUUCCUACUUUUCCGGUGGAUUUUCAAAAAAUGUUCUUUCAUACAAACCUUGUCCCGACAAUUACAAAUACAACAACAAAAAAAAAAACAGUAAAAUCGGUCGAGCAAAAAUAACAAUAUAGCUCAUAGAAGGUUUGUAAAGACUACGUCUACCCAUAGAGUACAAUAUUAUAAUAAAGACAAUAUAUUUUAUAAUAGGUAGUAGUGCAACUACGGUAUCGCAUUAAAAUCUCAGAUACACUUUUUUUGAAAUUGUUUGACUUAUUCCGUAGGCUAUUCAAAAAUGUUAUUUCAUAUUACCUAUAUACAAACCUUGCCUUUACAAUUACGAAUAGAGCAAAAAUUAUUCAAAUUGGUCGACCCGUUUUUGAGUUCGAGCGAUACUAUAACGGACACUGGACAGGAAUUCAUUAUUAUAUAUUUAUAGGUAUAGACGUAUAGUUAAUGACUAUCUUGAAUGUUCAAAAAGCUGAAUGUAUGUGUUAAUGUGUUAUAUUCGUAAUUUAUUUCCAUAGAAACAAGUAGCCAACAACAACUAAAGAUUAAUGUUUGUUGAAUGUUUAUAAAAUAUGUUAUUAUAUAAUACUAAUUUAGUAAAUCUUUAAGUCCAGACAUUUUCAAGUUUUUAAUACCUAUGAUUAGUUAUUACAUACACUUUGUCCGUCCAUAAUGUAUACCUCAUUUACAAAACAAUUUGUUAAAACAAUCGAACAAUCAAGAAUAUGGUGUACAACCUCCAAGAACAUUUCUCAUAAAAAUAAUUGCGAUAUUGCUAAAGGGUCGACGUGCAAAACUUAUAAAAUUGUAAUGAUACGCCACGGAGAGAGCGAUUGGAAUAAAAAAAAUUUGUUCUGUGGUUGGUAUGAUGCCAGCCUGAGUUCAAAAGGCGUAGAAGAAGCUAUUUCGGCUGGGAAAACACUAAAACAACGUUGCUACGAGUUUGAUGUCGCCCACACUUCCGUCUUGAAGAGGGCCGAAGACACUUUGUGUAACAUUCUAAACCUAGUAGAUCCAAAAAACAGUUGCACAGUGCACAAAAAUUGGCGACUGAACGAGCGGCAUUACGGAAGUCUGACCGGCCUCAAUAAGUCUGAGACGGCAAAGAAGUACGGCGAAGACAAGGUCAAAUUGUGGAGGCGUAGUUUUGACAUCCCACCACCGCCAAUGGAGGUUGAUCACCCUUACUACUGUCACAUAAAAAACGACCCCCGUUAUGUAGACGGUCCCUCCGAGUGUGAGUUCCCAACACAUGAAUCGUUAAAAAUGACGAUUCAAAGGACAUUGCCGUACUGGGACAACGUGAUCGUCCCUCAGAUCAAAAAUGGGUGUCGGAUUAUAAUAGCAGCUCACGGAAACAGCCUCAGGGGCAUAAUAAAACAUUUAGAUAGUGAGUGAAAUAAUAUCGUUUUUAUCGACUCAACGUCGUGUUUGGUGAUUCAAUUGGAUAACUUGGUUUUAUUCAUCCUCGUGACGACCAUAAUAUAGCAUCAUCAUGAGGUCCCUACAAAUUGUAGUGAUAAUUUACAACCACCACUGCAGACCUCUACGCGUGUAACAAUAUUAUAAUAUAAUAUAAUAUUAUAUAGACUAACUGAAAUUACAGAAAUUUGAGAGCAUUUUCAGCACAACGAAAAUAAAACGUUUAAUUUUAAAGAAGUAAGGCUGAGAUUUCGAUAAGCGUCUUUAUAUUCUUUUCCUAAUAAUCUACGCGAUGCUCGUUUAAGAACAUUUAAGUUUCAUAUAUUUUUGAAUCAAAAUAAUGAGUUUUUAUUUUGCAUUUUUUGGCAAUAACUUGAUUUUUCAUUAUUUUCAUUAUUUAGAGCUUUUAGGACGCUAAAAUCAGGGUUUGUUUAAAUUUAGUUUUAAGAUUUUUAUUUAAAAAUAACUUU